AUGUCACAGGCAACAGUGGAUAAUUUUGUUACAGUCGUAUCGGUAGGACCGACAGACAAGCCAGAGAGUAAUGAAAACAUAAAUUUCGAUUCAGCUGGAUCGGGAUAUGUAACAGUGUUAACUAUUGGCGAUGACGAAAAUCAAAAGGAUAUCAAAGAUGUGACUGAAGAAGUGAUAGUGUACCGUUUACCUGGAGAAAGACUUGGAUUUGGACUUAAAUUCGAAGGAGGUACGAAAGCGACUGAAUUUGUUAAGAGACUUUUUAUUCAAUCUUGUGCUGCUGAUAGUCCUGCAUCAAGAGUAAAAAGUUCCUGGGGUAAAUUAACAGAAGGAGAUGAAAUUCUUGAAAUCGACUCUGUUUCGGUUAAUACUAUGACUAGAAUAGAUUGCGUUAGAUGUUUAAAGGACUCAAAUGUAGCCAUAAAACUUUUAGUUCGACACACGUAUGGCCAGGAAAAUAAAAAACAAGAAACUUCACCCUUAAUUAUUAGUGCCGAAGAAAAAAGAGUUCCCCCUCCUCCACCACCUGUCCCUCCUCGGAAGAUAUCAAGAAAACUACUGAAGAACCUUAAUAAUAACGUCCCAAAAGAACAAGUGGACAGCUCCUUAGGAAAUAACAACGUUGCAAAUGUUAGACCUACUGAAACUAGUAAACAAAAGAAGUUACAAUCACCACGAGGCAGUGUUCGCUCGUACAAUUCCCCAGAUCUAUUGCGAAGAGAUCGGAGAUUUUCUGAUGGUAGUCUUGGACCUCCAGAUGCAGAAGUUUAUGUCGAUCUUUUUCUUCAAGAAUCUACGCAAAGUUUAAGCGAAUCUGAUGAUACUGGAAGUACUAUUUCAACAGUGAUUGACAGAUUUGGAUCAUUUCCUGCAACCACUACCUCUAGCUUCUCUGGAAGUCUACCGUCAACUCCAACUUCAAUACAAAGACAGCUAGAUAUCUCGAAUAUAAAUAUUUAUGAGGAUGAUGAUGUUAUUCAUGGAAAAAGUCUUAACAAACCAACACCGCUUCCAAGGGAAGAAAACAACAACAUAAUUAUGGAAGAAGUUAACCCCUUAUGUUUUCAAGAUGCGCCUCUAAGCUAUGGAAAUGAAAGUACAAAAGUAAUUGUACCUGACGAAAUCGACUUAAUCAGAGAAGAACCAAUCGUGUUACAGGAAAAUAGACAAGUUUCCAAGAAGCCUCCUGUGCCUCCUCGAUCAAGAGACACUCACCUCACCACAUCGUCUGAAAAAAUUGAAAAGUGCGUAGAAAAUCUUCCACGCCUAGUAGAUUUUGUACCAAAAACGGCUAACGGUGUUAAGGAAGUUGAGAAUUCCACAGAAAUUAUGAAAAUGUUCCUCGAGAACGAACGUUACAAACCUGAUUUUGAAUUUUUCGAUAAAGAACCUGAUAAAGAUAAUUAUAUCAACGGCGUUGACUUGUACAGCUCCAAGUGGAGUUUAUCGUCUCAGCUGGCAACCAUUGGCGAAGUAGAAGAAGAAGGAAGCUGUGACUGCAAUUUUAACAGGUCUUCUCCUAAAACAACGCCGGUAGUAAUAGUGGAAAAUACUGAGAAGAGAGAGGACAAAAAUACACCUCACAGUCCAGAAACUACAAAAAAAGGAAAUAAUGAAACGCCAACUAAAGUAGCAUCAACGAACAUAUUCUUAGCGCUGAAUUCUUCAAGCCUUAAUCACGUACAAAUGAAAUUACCAGAAGAAACGAAAAACAGCAAAUCCAAAGACUACCUUAGUACUAACUCGAAUUCUAGGAAACCAGGACCUAUUAAUGUAAAAGCACUAAAGAAAAACUUUGAAAAUAUGAAUUCUUCUUCUCCUGUAUCACCACAAAAAGUUCCUUUUUUUAAAUCUGCAGAAUCUAGAAGCAAUAGCAAAGUAAAUGACAUUAUAGAAGGCAAGGCGACGUUGCCUGUUAGAAACGGUAUAGGCAAAAGUGUUGAAAAAUUAGAAAUCUGCUCGCCCCCAAAGACUCAAGACAAGAAAUCUUCAGAAGUUGAAACAAAGACGAUCACGCUCAAAACCGAUCCAUAUGGAACUAGUCUAGGUAUUACUUUAUCCGGUGGAGUUGACGAAAAUAAAGAUAUAACGGUACACCGCAUAAAGUAUUCUAGUAUAGCAUAUACUGAUGGGCAGCUUAAGAAAGGAGACAAGAUCAUUUCCAUUAAUGGACAGUCCACUAGAGAUUUAACUCACCUGGAAGCUGUUGAACUACUUAAGGAACCCGUUACUGAAUUUUAUAUUGUGAUUGAGGAAGGAGAAAAUCUAGUGCCAUCCCCUGUUAGUAGUAGUAGUUUGUUACAAAGAAGAUCGUCUUCAAUGUCUUCUGUGAUCUCAAGGACUAAAUCACCUUCAUUAGAAGUAUUAGAAGAAAAAGAGGCAAACAAUGUAAUAAGUUUCAUAAAGGAUGGAGCCGGCUUAGGAUUUAGUAUUGAAGGUGGAAGAGAUUCGCCACAAGGAAAUGUGCCAUUAUUGGUUAAGAAGAUAUUUACAGGAGGAGCAGCUGAAAAAUCAGGUAACCUAAACGUGGGUGAUGAAAUUAUACAAAUCAAUGAUAUCAAGUUCACAUUACUAACAAGAAUCGAAGCUUGGAACAUUAUGAAGAAGAUUCCAGACGGCAAAGUUGAUAUACAUAUUUUCAGAUAA